AUGGCUUUCCAGUCUACCUCCAGCAUCGCUAUGGCUCUUGCUGGCAAGACCGCUUCUGUUGAUAUCCCUCAGCCUCGUGCUGGCCUGACUGGCAAGUCCCAGUCACGCCCUGGACAGCCGGCCAUGCUCCCUACGCCACCCAACUCCAUCUCCCCCAACCUCCGCCCACAAGGCUUCAAACACCGCCCUGUUCUCUCCCCAGGCUCGCCGCUGUCCACCGUACCCCAGCUGGACUCCGAUAUCGACCUGGAAGACGCAGUCGAGCAUGCAAACAUCCAGGAUCGCCCGCAGCCUACCCUCGACAGCGUAGGCGACAUCACUCCCCUCAUGCUGGCCAAAUACCACCUGCCCGAGAUCCUCCUGCAGCAAGGCCCGCUGGCUAUCCGCCAUGUCAUGGGCUACCUGACCACGUCGGUGCCCGGGUUCUCGCGCAUCUCACCCGCGAAAGCGCGUCGACUAGUCGUGGCCGCCUUAGAGGGUCGAGGAAACGGAGAAGCAGGCAACAUGGAUGGCGACGUCGUGUUUGAGAAGAUCGGCUGGGGACGCUGGGAUGCGCGUCGACGUGGCGAGCCCGCGCGCGACCGCUUCAACGCGACAUCGCCUCCGUCCAGCGUAGCGGGAUCCUUCCAGCAGCGUGGACUGCACAUCGAGGGGUCCUCAGCCUGGGAAAGCCGUCGCGGCAGCCAUGGUGAUUAUGACGCUAGAAUGGGUCGUAAUUCGAUCGCGUUUUCGUUCGCGGAGGAUUAUGGGGCGCGGGAGUACGAAGAUCUCGACAUGCUCGAGCAUGAGGCGGAUAAGAUGUCACUGGAUGGAGAUCGCGAGUACUGUUCUUCCUCUGAGGUAAUGGAUGACCUUCCUGCCGAUGAGUGGAAUGAAGGCGAUGUCACCGAUGAAGAAGACUGGGCGCAGAUUGGAGCGGAUGCACUGCGUGCUCGGUCGAUGACUGGCGGCGGUGGGUUUGUGCAAAAUGUGACGGCGCGAGCAAAACCUCUUCCUGGAAUAUUCGGCCCCACUGCAUCCACUAUGGCCAGGUCCACUCCACACAACUUUGACAACCAGGAACGCGCUGCGGUAGAGGCGCUUCUCCGUUUGGGCUCAAUGUGA